AUGGCUCUUCACAAGACUCUUUUGACCAUUAUCGCCAUCAGUUUUGCCUGCUCUCUUCUGUUGGCUGUAGCUGUUCAAGCGCAAGUGGGAACUCCUGGGCUUCAACCAGCACCUUCACCUACUCCUGUUCCUUCUCCACCCACCACUCUUCCUCCGCCUCCUCCGCCUCCUUCUACUCCUACUACUCCUACUCCUACUCCUUCUCCGGCCACUAAUGCAAGUUCUCUCACUUCUUUCCCAUCCAAGUUCAUGGGACUUGUGGGUCUUGUUGUUUCUUUCUUUCUCCUUAAAUUGUUGCCUUGA